AUGGCACAAGCAUGCAGCCGUGAGGUCACCGACGGAUGGGAAUGGGUCUAAUGACUAAUGCGCGUCCUGAGGGGGCAGUCAACAGGCCCGGCUGUAGCCCCGGGAAGAUGUGAGCUUUGUGAAUGCCACCAUCCACCAUAAGUUAAAGGUGCCUGGUUGCACCAAAUGCAUGGUUCCCAGGGACAAUGGCUCCGCAGCAGACGGCUCCCUAUUUACUAUUUUGUGCCCACUAAGGAAUGCCUGCUCCUCAUUAUUACUGUAAUGUGUGACUCUUAGAAAGCUUUUUAUGUGACGCUGAGCAGUAUGGCGGACGGCGGGGGCUUCUGCCAGGCAAGCUGCUGCGAAUCAUGCGGCAGCCUCAGCUUCAGCUCCGAGUGGAUGCAAGCGUUCGGAGUUGCUCUGUGUCAUCAGUGCAAGCGGGGUGAGGCGCUCAUAUCAAAGGGCAACGCGAUGACUCUAUACUGUCUAACAGAGAAGGAUUUGCGCGGCUUGGGCUGCCUGACAAAGGAGAAUCCCCAGAAGAAGAACUGGAGCGCCAUGAAGCUCUACCUGCGCGCGCAGGUUGAGGAGCGGGCGCGGCGCAAGUACGGGGACCUGGAGGCGGCUCGGCAGCUGCGGCACGACAAGGCGCAGGCCAAAGCUCAGGGCUGGCUGGCCAAGCGCGCACGCGCCGCAGAUGGGGAG